AUGGACUGGGCGGCUAUCAAGAUCGACCCCAAGCUGGAGUGGUCCAACAACUCAGAAGAUCCCAAGCACACCAAACUAACGGGUGGGAUCAAGGGCAAAACGCGCGUAGAUGAUAUGGAGAGUGCGAACUACUACCGCAUCCCCAACCCACGGGAACUCGAGUGCGAAAUCGCAUUCCAUGGACGAACAAGCGGCUGGGAGUUUGCCGAUUUAAACUGCACACAAUCACUCUUGAAUCCCAUCUACUGCGGCAAGGGUAGACCAAGCGGCAAUAUGGGCGAACUCGACGGUCGAUACAAAGUCAGCAGAGAGAAACCCGGUUACUGCUGGUCUUUUGUACCACGAAUUGGAUACAGGCGCUGUGACCCAUGCUUGAGUGGCGACUCGGGUAGCGCGGACUUAUUGGACCCGGAAUAUCCACCAGCCCAUAGAGGUGAUAAUUGGUGGGUCAGCAUCUUGUUCGGUCAUGAGCACAAAUCAGUUGACUACAUGACACCAAUCGAGAAUGUCAUCAAAGACAUUGAGGCAGUAAUGAACGGAAGGUGCUAG